ACAAAAUACUCGUUACUUAUUCUUAUAAAAUACUUACUUGUUAAAUAAUACUUGUUACUUACAAAAUAAUACUUGUCUUGUAUUUGAUAUUAGUUUAAUACAAAUGCUAGUCUAAUUAACAGGACAGCCCAUUACUAAAUAAGAGAUUAAACUAGUUACUCGUUAAUCGGUUUAAACUCGCUUCUUUAUAAUAUGCGCAAAUAUUUUCUUUAAAGUAAUUUUUAUGUUUUUAGUAGAAUAAAUAAGUAAACUUUCAUGUCUAUUUCUAAUAGACUAAUAUUUAGUAAGUAGUUUUUAAAUUUUAGAAAUACUAUUUAAACAAUUCAUAAAUAUUCAUAAGUAACAAGUAAUAAAGCAGAGCAAAUAAUUUGCGAGUAAUUUAUUUUUGAUCAAGUAUUCGAGAUAGCAAGUGCUCGUUUCUAACAAGUCAAAUACAAAUCGGAAAUUUUAUUACUCUUGCAAAGCAAGUCAAGUAUCAAGUACACUUAAAAUAGCGAAUACCGGAUUUGUGCCAGCCCUAAUUGUGUGGCUCUUCGUUAGUUGUGUUUAUUAAAAGAAUUGGCAUGUUAUACGAAACACUACACGCUAUUAUCCAUGUCGUACAAUUUUUAAAAACUUUUACAAAAUAAAAGGAAACAACUUAACCGCGUCUACCGUGGUUUUACGUCCUUUUUCCCCGUUCACGACUUAUGGUUUGCCCAUGCACCUCCUUUCCUUUGUUGAUGGUUGAACAUGUCUUUCUCGAAAAAUUAUUUUUUGUCUAUAGGUGUCAUGAGAUCUACCGAAUCCAUCAUUUUGUGAUCUGAUGAAUUUUCUUCUUCCUCCACAUUGACCAAUAAAGUAACUGCUUAGAACCAAAAUCGGGCUCAGCUAUUCUACUACACCAACCGCCAACAAUAUGAUGAGUUAGUUGUCAAAGACUCAUCUAGAUGAGCAAUGAGUUAAGUUACCGGUGAAUUUGAAACGCAUUGACAUGAGCUUAAACUUAAGGUAUGAUGGUUAUUACUCGAGUUGUAUGCAUCUGUUUAUAUCAAUUUCACGAUCCAGCAAGAGUUGAUCAUAAUUGCGAUAUUAAGAUCAGGUCCCAGAAGUUAACUAAGAAAAUAUGAAGUAGCUCCUGCGCGAAUUAUAUUAAUAUUUUUUUUGAAUUAUAUUGAUACUUGAGCUGAGCAGAGCUUAAAUUUUUAAUGAAAUUAUCCUCCAGGAUCUACCAACAUUUCUCUAAUUUUCAAAUAUAAUCUAGCUGUUGUCAGGUGUAUAUAUAUCUGUCGUAUGCAUAAUUAAUAGUGCCUUUUUGCGGGAAUGCGUAUAGUUUAAACACUAGAGAGAAAAACAUUAAACGUGCUCAAAACAUUAAAGAAUAAUUAAUAUCUACCUAUAAUUUUCAUUUUCUUAGAUAGAUAGUAGUAGUUUACUUUACAUCUAUAUAUACCAAACAUCUUUAAUAGUCCAUCUUCAUUCGCAAACAGACAAUCACAUUCAUUGUCGUUUACAACAAGUAAACAAAAAAGCCCUAGAAAACAAAGAUGGGUGGCGUUACACACCUCAUCGUCUUCGUCUCCAUGUUUGCCGCCAUAGCUCUGAUGUCAGAAGCCCAGUACCUUCUUGCCGUCACCAAAGACGAACCCUCCAAACAAUAUUACACCACUGUCUACAUCGGAUCCGCCGCAAUGACGUCUCCCGUUAACCUCCUCCUCGAUCUUGGAACCAACCUAACGUGGCUCAACUGCCGCAAAAUCAAAUCUUUAUCAUCACUUCGCGUCGUCACUUGCAAGAGCUCCACCUGCAAAUCAAUCCCCGGCAAUGGCUGCGACAGAAACACCUGUCUUUACAGGCAACCAAGGCCUCUCGGUAAAAACACCGUAGUGACCACCGGCCGUGUAGUUCAAGACAACGCUACCAUCUUCACUACAGAAGGCGAACAACCAGUCCACAUAGCCCCUUCUCGCCGCUUCACAUUCUCCUGCGCCGUCGAGAAAUACCUCCAAGGCAUGGCCCCUCCCAUCGCUGGAGUUCUUGCUCUUUCUCCGGGAGAGUUUCCGUUCUGGAGACAGAUGACGUCAGCGUAUAACAUCAUCCCGAAGUUUUCUCUCUGCUUGCCUUCUUCCCGCUACGGGUACCUCUUUAUGGGCACCCCGUCGCUGGGUGGGAAAAAAACCGUUCCGAUGACUUUGACGCCGUUGAAAAUUGACUCGGGAAAAUAUCUAAUCUCCGUUACGUCCAUCUACGUUGACAGAGCUCCUUUAACGUUGGACCCAAGUUUGCUCGAGGGCGGAGCCCAGCUCAGUACAGUGGUUCCAUACACCGUACUUCAAACCGAUAUCUACAAUGCUCUUGCUCAAGCUUUUACGCUUAAAGCAACGAAUAUAGGAAUGACUGAGACCCCAGAACAUGCGCCAUUUAAAUACUGUUUUGAAGAAGGCGCUUCAGGAAAGAACAUAGAUGUGUCUGUGAUGGAGAUUGGGCUGCCAGGGAAUGGAAAGGAGGUGAAGUGGAGGUUUCAAGGUGCGAAUAUGGUGGAAAGAGUGUCAGAGACGGUGAUUUGUUUGGCGUUUGUCGACGGAGGAAAGAAACCUAAUGAGUCCAUGGUCAUUGGGACACAUCAGCUUCAAGACUAUUUGAUCGAAUUCGAUUUAAGCACCACACAAAUGGCUUUUAGUGACCCACUCAUAUUCCAUAACACUAACUGUUCCACGUAGCCUUACAAGAAAUAAAAGCAAUCACACAUGACACCAAGAAAUCAUCUUUGCCAUUUCAGCUUUUACUUGUGUUCCAAUCAAAAAUUUGAAUAAAACUAUCCACAUUUUCUUUUAAAUGUAUCGUUUGUUAUAAGUUAAUAUUCGCCCAAUGUUUAAGAAUUUCGUACAUUUAUUAAUAAUUGUGAAACUUGCAAAAAAAAAAAUUGUUGUUUUUACAAAAUUUAGAUAUAUUAAUAAUUUUAUUUUAUUAUUUUCCAUCUUUUUUAUUAUCUACUUACUACUCUAUUUAAACCUCAGUCAUAUAUAUACACCAUCUAUCUGAUUUUAUUGUUUAUCUCAAGUGUACGGAAAAAAUAUCAGACUAAUAUCUAAAUCGAAGUAUAAUUCAUAGAUAAACUCUCGCUUUAAACAUUCAAAUGAAACCUGUAGAUGUUUGAUGUCAAAAAAAAAAACAUUC